AUGGAUUCAAAAAAUGAUAACCCAAUCCAAUCGCAUCUCCCUGGCGGUUGGAUAGAGACGCCUGUAGAUUCCAGCCGGAAUCAAUCAUACAUCGGCUCCCAACAACGGACUGAGAGUGCCUCAGUUACGCCCAGCGCUUCUCACAAUGAGAAUACCGGUAGAACCUUCAUUUCCAAUGCACUGCAUACCAGCAGUCAAAGCUACUAUGGGGAGAAAGGUACAGGGGCGUCAUCAGGCUCGAGCAAUACUACUGCAGUACCAUCGUCUGGCAUGUCAUCAUCACAGCACGCGAACUACGUAAAUGCAGCUCCAGGUAGAGCCAGCGAGCCCGCAAAUGGACGGCACCCCGAUUCGAACAACGGCUACCUCCAGACGGCGGAGUCAGGGGGGUUCUUGGAAGAGCAAGUCGUGCUUGAUGACUCGUCGGACUCCGAACACGAAGGUUCCUCCACGGAGGGUGCUGCAGCAAAGAAGAGACCUAACCUGAAGACGACAAACUCAAGGCCAAUGACAGAAGACGACCUGUUCCGUGUACUGUCCAGACGAAAGACGAACCAGAGCUAUGGCCUGAGCAAGAGCAACACUGGUGCAACUGGCCACAGCAAGGAGGAACAAGAUGAGAUCAACAAAUUAAUGUCAAAGAUGUUUGGGCGCACAAGGCGAGAACAAUCGGAAGAAGAAAAGACUAGACACCAGGGCGUCAUCUUCAAGCACUUAACAGUGAAAGGGAUGGGUAUUGGCGCAGCGUUGCAGCCAAGCGUCGGAUCACUGUUUGCAGAUCCAGUAAGAUUUGUCAAGAAUCUGCUCACAAAAGGGCCACGGAAGGCUGCGGGCAAACCACCAGUGCGGACGCUUCUUGAUGACUUCUCCGGGUGCAUACGCCCCGGUGAAAUGGUGCUUGUUCUUGGACGCCCUGGAGCUGGUUGCUCGACGUUCCUGAAACUGAUCGGCAAUCAAAGAUUUGGCUUCGAAGAAAUCACUGGUGAAGUGUCAUAUGGAGGCACCGAUGCAGAUGAGAUGCGCAAGAAGUAUCGAAGUGAGGUCCUGUACAACCCCGAAGACGAUCUGCAUUAUGCGACACUCAAGGUGAAAGACACGCUGGAGUUUGCAUUGAAGACAAGGACACCCGGUAAAGAAUCGCGAAAGGAGGGCGAGAGCCGCAAGGACUAUGUGAACGAGUUUCUCCGCGUUGUCACUAAGCUCUUCUGGAUCGAACAUACCCUUGGUACCAAAGUCGGCAACGAACUCAUUCGCGGUGUGUCCGGUGGCGAGAAGAAGCGUGUUUCAAUCGCUGAAGCAAUGGUCACCAAGGCCUCAGUCCAGAGUUGGGAUAACAGCACUCGUGGUCUAGACGCUAGCACCGCGCGUGAAUAUGUUCAGAGUCUACGCGCUUUGACCAAUAUGGCUCAGAUCUCUACUGCAGUAGCCCUCUACCAGGCAGGAGAGUCCUUGUACGAACUCUUUGACAAAGUUCUUUUGAUUCAUGAAGGACGGUGCUGCUACUUUGGACCCACUGAAAAAGCCGAGGCCUACUUCAAGAAUCUCGGGUUUGACAAGCCUGAGCGCUGGACCACGAGUGACUUUCUGACGUCGGUCACGGAUGAUCAUGAGCGGCAGAUCAAGGAAGGCUGGGAAAAUCGCAUUCCACGUACUGCAGCAGCCUUUGCAGAAGCCUUUGCCAAUAGCGAGCAGAUCAACGACAACUUUGCCGAUAUUGAAGAGUUUGAGAAGGAGACAAGACGACAGGCAGAGGAACGUCAUUCAGCCCAGACCAAGGCGACAAAGAAGAAGAACUUUACCAUUUCGUUUCCCGCUCAAGUCAUGGCUUGCACCAAACGCCAGUUCCUUGUCAUGGUGGGAGACCCGCAGUCUCUUAUCGGCAAGUGGGGCGGCAUCUUGUUCCAAGCCUUGAUUGUCGGUUCGCUAUUCUACAAUCUCCCAAACACAGCCGCGGGAGUCUUUCCCCGGGGUGGUGUUAUCUUCUUUAUGCUGCUCUUCAAUGCCCUGCUCGCUUUGGCGGAACUCACGGCCGCAUUCGAGUCGAGACCGAUCUUGCUCAAGCACAAGAGUUUCUCAUUUUACCGACCAGCUGCCUACGCCAUUGCGCAAACCGUCAUCGACGUGCCACUUGUGCUGGUCCAAGUCUUCAUCUUCGACAUUGUGGUGUACUUCAUGGCGAACCUCUCGCGAACAGCGUCCCAGUUCUUCAUCUCGCUGCUGUUCCUUUGGAUCAUCACCAUGACCAUGUAUGCUUUCUUCCGAGCCAUUGGUGCUCUGGUCGGCUCCCUGGAUGUGGCAACUCGAAUCACGGGUGUUGCCAUCCAGGCACUUGUUGUGUAUACUGGUUAUCUGAUUCCUCCAGCAAAGAUGCAUCCAUGGUUUUCAUGGCUACGCUGGGUCAAUCCUAUUCAGUACGGCUUUGAGGGACUCGUUUCGAACGAGUUCUACAACUUGCAAAUCCAAUGCGUACCCCCAUUCAUAGCUCCACAGGUUCCUGGUGCUGAAGAGCAGUAUCAAGCCUGUGCUAUCCAAGGCAACAGACCUGGAUCGCUCACAGUGGCUGGAUCAGACUAUAUCGCGGCAGCGUACGGGUACUCGAGGUCUCACUUGUGGCGCAACUUUGGCAUCAUCUGUGCCUUUUUCAUCCUUUUUGUAGCACUCACAGCUCUUGGCAUGGAGCUGCAGAAGCCUAACAAAGGGGGCGGGGCCGUCACCAUCUAUAAGCGCGGCCAAGUGCCCAAGGCUGUUGAGAAAGAAAUGGAGACGAAAACUCUGCCCAGCGACGAGGAGGCUGGAAGCCGUGAGCCGGUGUCGGAAAAGUACGAGAGCCAGGAAUCCGACAAUCCCGCCGAGGGGGUUGCUAAGAACGAGACUAUCUUCACUUUCCAGAACAUCAACUACACGAUCCCAUACGAAAAAGGCGAGCGGAUGUUGCUGAAGGGAGUGCAGGGCUUUGUGAAGCCUGGUAAACUCACAGCGCUCAUGGGUGCUUCUGGUGCGGGAAAAACCACCUUGCUCAACACGCUGGCUCAGCGCAUCAACUUUGGCGUUGUUCGUGGAGACUUUCUUGUCGACGGCAAACCGCUUCCGCACUCGUUCCAGCGGUCGACUGGCUUUGCAGAGCAGAUGGAUGUGCACGAAUCAACGGCUACGGUUCGCGAAGCACUGCGAUUUUCUGCGCGAUUGAGACAGCCCAAGGAGGUUCCUCUUCAAGAGAAGUAUGACUAUGUUGAGACGAUGAUUGAUCUGCUCGAGAUGCGCGACAUUGCUGGCGCCGUUAUUGGCACGACUGGCUCCGGGCUGAACCAAGAACAAAUGAAACGGGUGACUAUCGGCGUGGAGCUUGCGAGCAAGCCUGAGCUGCUGAUGUUCCUCGAUGAGCCUACGUCUGGCCUGGACUCUGGGGCUGCGUUCAACAUUGUUCGAUUUCUACGCAAGCUGGCCGAUGCUGGACAAGCCAUUCUCUGCACAAUCCAUCAACCCAGUGCUGUGCUCUUUGAGCAUUUCGACCAGCUUCUGCUCUUGAAGUCUGGCGGGCGCACUGUCUACUUUGGUGAACUGGGCCAUGACUCGCAGAAGCUCAUCCGGUACCUUGAAAGCAACGGCGCUGCCAAGUGCCCCCCACACACGAACCCUGCCGAGUAUAUGCUGGAAGCUAUAGGGGCGGGUAAUCCCGACUACAAGGGACAGGAUUGGGGUGAUGUGUGGGAGAGGUCACAGGAGAACGAACAACUGACCAAGGAGAUUCAAGAGAUUACUGCCAACAGGCGCAACGCAGCGAAGAAUGACGAGGCUCGCGACGACCGAGAAUAUGCCAUGCCGUACGGGCAGCAGUGGGUCACGGUGGUCAAGCGGAACUUUGUGGCCAUCUGGAGAGACCCGCCCUAUGUACUGGGCAUGGUCAUGUUGCACAUCAUCACGGGACUGUUCAAUGGGUUUACGUUUUGGAAUCUCGGGCAGAGUCAGAUCGACAUGCAGUCACGGCUGUUUUCGACGUUCAUGACGCUGACGAUUGCACCGCCGCUGAUUCAGCAGCUGCAGCCCCGGUUCAUCAACAUCCGUGGAAUCUACAGUGCGCGAGAAGGCAGUGCCAAGAUUUACUCGUGGACAGCCAUGGUGUGGGGGACGAUACUCAGCGAACUGCCGUAUCGUAUCGUGUCGGGAACCAUCUACUGGUGCUGCUGGUAUUUCCCGCCUGGAUUCCCGCGAGACACGUAUACAGCAGCGAGCGUGUGGCUCUUUGUCAUGCUCUUUGAAGUGUUUUACCUGGGCUUUGGACAGGCGAUUGCGUCGUUUUCGCCAAACGAGCUCCUGGCAUCGCUGCUGGUACCGCUGUUCUUUACGUUUAUUGUGUCGUUUUGCGGAGUGGUUGUUCCGUAUGCAGGACUGCCGUCGUUCUGGCAGAGCUGGAUGUACUGGCUGACGCCGUUCAAGUACCUGUUGGAGGGAUUCCUGGCUUUGCUGGUGGAGGGACAAGAGAUCCGAUGCGAGACCAAGGAGCUGGCCAUUUUUCCUCCGCCGCCAGGGCAAGACUGCCAGGGCUAUGCUGGCGAGUUCGCGCAGCAAGCCGGUGGCUACGUGCAGACGCAGGCCAACGGCGACUGUGGGUUCUGUCAGUACGCUACUGGCGAUGCGUUUGCUGCAUCGUUCAACGUGUUCCCGCGCUACAUAUGGCGCAACUUCGGGAUCAUGUGGGCGUAUAUCUUCUUCAACUUUGGCGUCGUGUUUGUGUGCACGUGGUUGUAUCUGGGUGGUGCACGACAGAUCAAGUCGAUGUUUAGUCGGGCAGGGCGCAAACAAACAAAGUCUGCGGAUAAGAAAAAGCAAGAGGGCGGCGACGUGGCAUGAGGCUGAAGGUUUGACGUCGCGGUAGCACGGGUGCGGAUAGGGAGUGC